AUGAAUUCCAAACCGGUGGUGAAGGCCCUGCAGGCGAAGCACCACUGCGGCGAGGGAGAAGCCCGCCUCAUCUGCGACAAGGUCCAGGCCAAGCUCCUCAGGGAGUGCCACGACCCCGCCAAGACGUGCAUCACCGACCUGCGGAUCUCGCACUGGGAGGAGGCCAUCCGGGAGACCAUGCGGCGGAAGGGCGCCCGCCUGCUGCUCCUCACCAACGGCGACAGGCAGACGCAGAGGGAGAAGAUCGAGGCCUGCGCCUGUCAGCCCUACUUCGACGCCAUCGUCGUGGGGGGAGAGCAGAAGGAGGAGAAGCCGGCGCCAUCCAUAUUCCAUUACUGUUGCGAUCUCCUGGGGGUGCAGCCCGCAGAGUGCGUGAUGGUUGGGGACUCUCUAGACACAGAUAUUCAAGGAGGCCUGAAUGCGGGCUUGAAAGCAACUGUCUGGUUAAACAAAGCGAUGACAACCCCGGUAGACACCUCCCCGGUACCUCAUUAUAUUAUUUCUUCUGUUCUGGAUCUCCCGGCAGUUUUGCAGAAGAUGGAGCACAAAAUUAAUGCUAAGUUAGGAACUGACCGUGUGGCUGGUAGUAACGAAGCACAUUGA